UUUACUUUUUAAAAUACAGCUACUAGAAAAUGUUGUUAAAUUACAUAUCUGGUUUAUAUUAUAUUUCUGUUAAACAGGACAGAUUUUGAUUACAUAAUGCUAAGACUCUGCAUGGAUUGGCACCACCUUGUUGUUAGAGAACUCCAGAUCAUACCUGUUCAUCCAGAGAUAGGGUCCUUCAUGACCUCAAAGUCCUACACAGGAUGCCCAAGCCUUAAAGGGCUUCCUAAUCCCCAGCUGCUGCUCAGGCUGUUUCUCACCACCCUCCACCCCCAUCCCCCUCUUCAGUCAAAAUGUACCUCAGAACCUGGUUCUUGCUCUGACAAUUUGACAAUUGAUUCCUGAUGCCCUUGGUGCUUGGUUCCUGUUCUCAGCCCAUCUGUCUACUGGGAGCUUGGUUCCUAUGUAUAUCCUGCCCAGGGUGCAGUCUUGACCCAGCUCUGCUUUGUUGUCAUUGAAUCCACAUUCAUAAAAUAUUUUAUAUAUUAGAGGACAGUAGUUUGUUAACUAAAUCUAGGCUCUAAAUAAUUUGGAUAUGAAUUAGCUACUUCCCAUGAUGUAACCCUCAACAUCGUCUUUUGUCUCCAACCUACCUCAGCUUUGGUAUUAUCUUGUUCAACUAAUCUAGGUACAUAUACCCUGAGCCCUGAAUCUUUUCAUGAAGCUGUCUUCAAAUGUUGAUUUUCUUUCCCUAGGAGAUUCCCUUACCAAGUCCCAAUGCCAGUAUUCUGGUAAUCCUGACAGUGCUGUUCUAAGUGUAAAUGAUCAGAUUGACUCUGCCACAUGAGUUAAAAGUUUUGUUACUGUGAAUCAGCACACCAGAGUCUCACUACUCACUUAAGGAUGAUUUGAUAAAACUGGCUGAAAGUACAAAGCUCAAGACCAUGGAUUUCAUGGUGGCCCAGGAGGAGCAGGAGUCACAUCAAGCCCACCCAUAAACAUUGUUUCACUCAUUCAUCUUUCCCUUUCAUAUUAAGAACCUGAUGCUGAGAGCCAAGCCUCCCAAAGGCCAAGGGGCUGAGCGUCAUCUGGAAAGAAUCCGACGCAGCCAUCAGAAGCAUCAUGCUAUUUUGGCUUCAGUUAAGUCAAACGAGCGGGAUCGCUUGAAAGCUGAGUGGGACCAGCACAAUGACCGCAAGUUUGUGGACAGUCUUGUGAAAGCAAGAGUCAAGGAUGCCAUGCAAGGGUUUAGCAUCAAUACUGAAGAAAGACGAAAUAAGUUACGUGAACUUUUAGCAUCAGAAGAAAAUGAAUAUUUUAUUGAAAUGCAAUUGCAAGAAGAAACAAUUGAGGAGAAAAAAGAUAGAAUGAGAGAUAAAAUCAGAUUAUUAAGAGAGAAGAAAGAAAAAGAGAGACAGGAUUUUGUGGCUGAAAAGCUAGACCAGCAAUUCAGGGAACGCUGUGAGGAGCUCCGUGUUGAGUUGUGCUGUAUCCAUCAGAAGGCAGUGAGCAAGGAGCGGAAAGCACAGAUAGCAUUUAAUGAGGAGCUGAAAAGGCAGAAGCUGGUGGAAGAGCAGAUGUUCUCAAAGCUCUGGGAGGAAGACCGACUGGCCAAAGAGAAGCGAGAAGCCGAAGAGGCGAGGAGACAGAGAGAGCUGGUGGAGAACACACGGCUGGGGCUGAAUGCCCAGAUCACCAGCAUCCAGGCACAAAGGCAGGCAGCGCGGCGGCUGAAGGAGGAGGAGGCGCGCCUUGUGGAAAAUGACAAAGCACAGGUGAAACUUGAGAAUGAACAGGAUAAACUAAAGAAACAGAAGACAAAACAGGAAGUAAGGGCUGCUUUGCAAAAAGCUCUCCAAGAGAAGAUGGAGAAUAUUCAGCACGAAUACAGAGAAGAUCAGGACUUGAACAUGAAGCUCAUGCAAAGCGCCCUUCAAAACUUACAGGAAGAGGCUGAUAAAAAGAAGCAAAAAAGAGAAUAUAUGAUAAGAGAACAGAAGAUAUAUCAUCAGUACUUGGCACAACGGCAUGAGGAAGAAAAAGCUCAAGAGAAAGAACUGGACAGAAUGUUAGAGAAAGAGAAGGAAAAGAAGUUUGCUGAGAAGGACAAGAAGCUGAGGCUUGAAAAGGAAGCAAGAAAACAACUUUUGAAUGAGGUCAUGUGUACAAGAAAACUGCAAGUUCAAGAAAAGUUGCAACGAAAAGCAAAAGAACAGGAAGAACGUGCUAUGGAACAGGAACGCAUAAAUGAAGGUCUUAAAGAGCUUAACCGUGAAGAGAGGGAGGAUUUUACAAGACGCUCCAGUUUAGCCCAGGAGUACAGGAAGCAACUUCAGAUGCAAAUGUGCUCCCAACAGCAGGCCCGUGAAGCAGCGAAAGAGGAGGAACGCCGAGAGUUUGAAGCAGGGAUGACAGCAGAGAAGAAUUUCCAGGACAAGAUUCAGGAGAUCCUGUCCACCCAUCAAGUGCUGCCCCAAAAUAUUCAUCCCAUGCGGAGAGCAUGCCCUAAUCUUCCACCAUAGUUUCACAAACAUCAACCUAGUUUUACUCAGUCUUUUACUAUUUUAAACUAUAGCAUGCUUGUAUAUCCCUUUUAACUCAUGGAUAAACUGUUCUUUUAUACUCUGAGUUUGCAUAAUUAUAUGCCAUAAAAUUUUCUUCUUACAAAUUAAAAUGUUCCUUUUUGAGAUUUCAUAGACUGACAAAUCUGAAUGGUCUACUUCCUAUCACAUAGUAAUUUUCCUUAUUUAUCUCCAUGCCUCCCUUUCUUGUUCAUUUAUUAAUAGCUUCACUUUCUUCCAUCCAUCUGCCAAUAUGCCCAUUUCCUCUUGCCUCCUUUCUCUUCUCUCUCACAGACAUAAUUCACAAUAUUAGCAGGGCAUUUUUGCAGGCAGAGCUGGGACUAUCAGCCACUUUCAUUAACCCACUUAUUCAGUCAUUAAACAAAUGUUUACUGAGUGCCUUUCAUGUGCCAGCACCAUUCUGGAUCCUGAGACUUCAGCAAGAACAAAGCAAACCCCUUGCUGUCAUGGAGAUUACAU